AUGGCUUACAGCAAGCGGUCGGUCGUCACUGUUCUUAGCGUCAUGUACUUCGUAGCUCUAACUGUCGUGGCAUGCUACGCCCACUAUUGCAAACAGCGCCUUUCGCUGCCUGUUCCAAGCAUCCUCAGCGGCUUAACCGUCAUUCUUCCAGCACUUCACGGUGUCUGCCUGGAGCGCCUCACCCAAUUGGCUCGACCAGGACUGCAGUCGGCAUCGGCAUCGGCGUCGGCAUCGGCAUCGCCCAUGGUUGGCCCACGAAACAAACGCCACGACAUUGUCACCACGCUCACUCUCCUGGCAUUGACCAUAUUCACCACCGUCUUAGCAACCAUGGCGGGCACCCAUCUGGCACCAGCAGAUGGCUUGAGUUGUGCGUUGGACGACAAAUGGCUCAAACUGUUCCGCAAUGAACAGGGUCCUGAGAUACGCAGGAUACAGGACACGUUCAAUUGCUGCGGGCUCCGCAGCGUCUACGACAUGGCAUGGCCGUUUGAGAAGCAUGAAGCUGGUAAUACGAUACCAAGUACGUGCCCGAGAACUUAUGGGCGGGAUAGGUCUUGCUUUGGGGCCUGGAGGGGGGAGGAACAGGUGGUUUCCGGCCUGAUCAUCGUCGUCUGCGGAGGAGUCUGGCUCUGGGAUAUGAUCAUUCUUUACGUCCCCGGUCGACGUCCAUCGUGGCUGGCGCGUGGUGCGGACGGCACAAAAUUAGACAAUCACGUCGACACCAAUGGGCACGCCCAGCGGACCACAGAGUACCUCGACACCGAGGACGGCAGUAGUGGUUAUUACGAUGCGCCGGUCGACCGUGUCGUAGAUGCUAAUGCUGAUCCCGAGGCGGAGUUGGAACAUUCACUUCGGUCCAGGACAGGAAGCGUGCAAAGAGCCAUUGAGGCUCGUCUCGGCAUAGACGGCGAGCAUGAUGAGCACCACACAUUGGUCCCGUCUUCCCAGUCACAUCGCGAAGAGAACGAGUGGGCAAGGUCCUGA